AUGCGAGGUGCUCUACGACUCCUACUGAAGCUCAGUUUGAAGGGUAAGCUUCAAGCUCCUUCUACAAGAGCCUCAGUGCAACCUCAAAGUCCUGCUCGUACCAGGUUUGCUCCUUCACCCACUGGGUUCCUUCACUUGGGCUCGUUGAGAACGGCCUUAUACAACUACUUAUUGGCAAAAAGUACUGGUGGACAAUUCCUUCUAAGACUAGAAGAUACAGAUCAGAAACGGUUAGUCCAGGGUGCUGAAGCUAAUAUAUAUGAAUCCUUGAAUUGGACAGGGCUCGUGCCAGAUGAGAGUCCAGAGAAUGGUGGUCCAUACGGCCCUUAUAGACAAUCAGAAAGAAUGUCUAUUUAUAAAAAGUAUGCCGACCAGCUUAUUGAAUCAGGUUACGCGUAUAGGUGCUUCUGCCCUAAGGAUAGACUUGUGCAUCUUCGUGAAUCAGCAAUGGCUAUGAAGCCGCCAACAACCGUUACCUACGAUAGAAAGUGCUUGCAUUCUCCAGAACCAAACGAGGUUGAAUAUACCGUUAGGUUCAGAUCUCCUGACAGAUAUGAGCCAUUUACCGACUUGCUUCAUGGCAAGCUUGAUCUUCAACCACAGAUCAACCAGAGCGAUAAGAGAUAUGAUGACUUUGUCAUUCUCAAGCUGGACGGUCUUCCAACUUACCAUUUUGCGAACGUUGUCGACGAUCAUUUGAUGAAAAUCACUCACGUUAUUAGAGGCGAAGAAUGGCUAGCUUCAACACCUAAGCAUGUUGCAAUGUAUAGAGCUUUCGGUUGGGAACCGCCUCAGUUCAUUCACAUCCCAUUACUCACCUCGUUGUCCGACAAGAAGCUUUCAAAAAGACAGGGCGACAUUGGUAUACUCAGUAUGAGGGACGAAGGAAUUCUUCCAGAGGCACUUACCAAUUUUGCUGCCUUGUUUGGCUGGGCUCCUCCACGUCCAGUAAAGGGCAAGACCACUAGUGAAGUAAUGGCUCUCGAUGAGCUAGUUAGCAAGUUCUCCUUAGACCAUCUCACGAAGGGUAACGCCAAGGUUAAUGAUAACAAGCUUCACUUCUUUAACAAAAGUCAUUUGUCUUUCAGGAUCAAUGAUCCAGAGAGAUUGGAUCGUUUGGUCGAAGAAACCUUUCCAGCUUUUGAGGCUUCCACUGCAGGUCGUUUCUCGAAGGACUUUUACAAGCGUUUGGUUCACGAUGUGGGUCCUAGCAUGAACUCCAUCAAGGAGUUACGAGAUGUACAUACUUACUUUUUCGAAGAAGUUGACCUUGCUAAAGCCACUUUGCCUGCUGAAAAGGUUCUUGUUUCCAACAUCUUGAAGACACUUCAGGCUGAGCAAACCCCAGAAACACCUUUCCCCGUGGAAGCUGUGUUGAGUAAGUUUCCAGACUUGAAGAAGAAGAAUAUCUUUGAGGCUACGCGUUACGCUUUAGCGGGCGGAGUCUCGGGAAUCACUAUUCCUUCGCUCAUUGAUCUUCUAGGCUACGAUACCUACUUAGGUCGCAUUCAAAAAGCGAUCACUUUCCUCGAAUAA